AUGGAGAAUGAGGGUGAGUUUUACUACCGUAGUAAACGCAAGGAGAAGCGGGCGCGGACCGAUGCUAUCUAUGGCAUUUUUGCUGAUAGUAGCGAUUCGGACUAUGAGGAGAGAAGGGGCAAAAAGCAGCGCAAGAAAGACUUUUCAGUUUCUAAGAAGCCACACCUUACCAAGCCUCUUAACUUUGUCUCCACUGAAAUUCAUAUUGAUAGUGAUCUUAAGGAUGAUCAUGAUGAUGAUAAGCCUACUGGAGCAUCAUCUUCUGGCCUUGGAUCAUUUGAGAAGCACACUAAGGGGAUUGGGAUGAAGCUUCUUGAAAAGAUGGGUUAUAAGGGAGGUGGCCUUGGCAAGAAUGAACAAGGUACCACAGCUCCUAUUGAACCAAAGUUGCGGCCUAAGAACAUGGGAAUGGGUUUCAAUGAAUACAAAGAGACUAAGGUGCCACCCUCUGAAGCAAAGUCUGCCCCUAUUCUUCCUGCUCAGCCAUUGGAAAGCCACAAAAGAGACAAGCCCUGGCUGAAGCAAGUUUCAAAAAAGAAGCUUUACAUAAAAGUAGAAGAAUUGCCACCUGAACUUCUUGCAAAUGAUCAUAUCCAGUAUAGGCUUUUUGUUGGUAUGGAUAUGGUGAACCAGGCUGCUAAAGGCAUGGAGGUAGUCCAGCCAGGUUUAAGAGAGAAUAUAAGAGUGUUUGAAAAGAGGCAAUUAGAGACCAAGAAAAAGGCAGCAGCACAAGCUCAAGAAAAUGCUUCUGUGAACUUGAGUGGUGGGCUCGAAGUCGAUGGUGAAGAUAGUGAAUCAAAGCUCAGUUUGAAAAAAAAAAUAGAAGCUCAUGCCCAGCAGAAUGGUUUGCUAUUAAUACCAAAGCCAGGCAGGAUACAUGAUGGUCAUCAAAUAUAUAGCUUUGGUAGAAUAAGCAUAAUUAUAGACUCUUUGAAUGAGAAGGUAUUUGCACUAACUGAGGAUAAAUGGUCUUUGGCAUCUCCUGAUCUGCUUUUGGAGUUACACAAUCGAUCAGUGUUCAGCUUGAAAAAAAUAAUAGAAUCUCAUGCGCAGCAGAAUGGUUUGGUAUUCAAGCUAAAGCCAGGCAUGAUACAUGAUGAUCAUCAAAUAUAUGGCUUUGGUAGCAUAAGCAUAAUUAUAGACUCUCUGAAUGAGAAGGUAUUUGCACACACCGAGGAUAAAUGGUCUUCGGCGUCUCUUGAGCAGCUUUUGGAGUUACACAAUAGAUAUAGUUAG